AUGGAUCGACGAAGGGCAUCUUCUACUUGUACUUCUACUGGUUCAUGGGAUUAUGAAGUUUUCUUGAGCUUUAAGGGUGAAGAUACCAGAUACAAUUUCACAGAUCAUCUCUAUGCAGCUUUGUAUCAGAAAGGGAUUCGUACCUUUAGAUUGGAUGAGAUCAGGGGAGAAGAGGUUGCAUCAGCUCUUUUUAAAGCUAUUGAGAAGUCAAGGUGCAUCCUUGUGGUUCUCUCAAAAUACUUUGCCCACUCCGGAUGGUUUUUGGACGAAUUGGUGAAGAUCAUGGAGUACAGGAACCAAAAUGGAAAAGUAAUUCUUCCAGUUUUCUAUCAUGUGGAUCCUUCCGAUGUGCGAAAGGAGGAAGGGUGGCCUGAGGCGGAUUAUAUUGAAGAUAUUACUCGUGUUAUUUUGAUGAGAUUUAGUCAUAAACUCUUACAUGUUGACAAGAACCUCAUUGCGAUGGAUUAUCAUUUGGAAGAAAUGGAAGAAAUUUUUCCAUGGAUGAUGGAUUCAAUAUCAAAUGAUGUUCGCAUGGUUGGGAUCUAUGGACUUGGAGGAAUUGACCCUUGGAAUGAGGAUGAAGAUUGGUUCUUCGAUGACGAAGAUUCUGAUACAGAAGAGAAAAAAGAAUCUCUUCUUACCAAACGUCAAGGAAAAGGUGCUGAUUUUGUUCGUGCAGUACAGGAGAUUGUUGAUAGUUAUGAGGAGUUGAAGAAACAGGAUCAAGUUGAUGAUUUUAACUCUGCCAAUGAUGUUGUUGUGACAAAUAGUGAGAAUUUAGUGGACUCAUCAUCUAAUUCUGGGUUGAAGGAUCAGCCUGAAGCCCCCACAGUAGCAGUCAAUUCAAGAUUAAAAACUUCAUAUUCUGCCGAGGAUAGAAGUGAACCAAAGCUACUUGAGAAAGUCCAGAAUGAGUUGCUGUCGGUAUUUGCCAACCAACUGCUUGAGAAGGAGCACUCUGGGUGCCAUGUGUUGCUUAGAGAUGACAAGAUAUUCCUAGAUGUUGCUUGCUUCUUUAAUGGAGAGGAUAAAGAUUCUGUUACUAGAAUCCUAGAGGCUUGUAACUUCUAUGCAGAGAGUGGAAUACGAGUCCUUGGUGAUAAGUGCCUCAUAAGUAUUGUAGACAACAAGAUAUGGAUGCAUGAUUUGUUACAACAAAUGGGGCAAGACAUUGUUGGACAAGAAUUUCCUGAAGAACUUGGAAAAUGGAGUAGAUUGUGCUAUCCUGAUGUUGUAAGUCGUGCAUUAACAAGAAAAAUGGUAAGAGCAAACUGCAAAUGA